AUGGCCGUAGGCUCUGAACCUAUUCUAAGCAUCCCAAUUAUCGACUUCGGCCCGCUUAGAAAUGGUCAUCCCGAGGAUGCCGCUGCAGUCGGCAAGGCAGUUUAUGAAGCCUUCAGGGAUGUCGGGUUUGCAUAUCUGAUCAACCACGGCAUUCCUCAACAGGUUGUCAACGAAGCAUUUCAAUGGAGUGCUAAGUUCUUUGCACUGCCUCAAGCCAUCAAAGAUAAAGCGCCGCAUCCUCCAUAUGGCUGGUGGCAUCGCGGUUACUCAGGGAUUGGUCGGGAGAAGGUUGUUCAAAUGGUCUUUGACCAAGCGAGCAUCGGAGAGCUGCGGAAGAUUCCCGACUUCAAGGAGUCGUUCGAGCUAGGAAGAGAAGAUGACGAGAAGACAGCCAACAUCUGGCUUCCAGAGGAUGAUCUCCCCGGGUUCCGUCAGUUCUUUAACAAGUUCUAUGAACAGGGUUACGCGCUAGAGCUAGAGCUGUUGCGGGCUAUUGCCAUCGGUAUGGGAUUUGACGAGAAGUAUUUGUGGGAAUAUCACACCAAGAAAGACAACCAAGUCCGUCUUCUACACUAUCCUCCGGUCGAGGAAGAGCUACUGCGAGGCGGAUGA